AUGGGAGAUGGCACAGUGGCAAUCUAUCACGUGCCUCUGCCACAGCGAGACAACACCGGAAGGCAAAGCAGCGAUCGGCUGCAGCAGAAGGAGCACCGAGAUCACCAGAAGCACCAGAAUGAGCCGACGUCAUCGCUGCUCCAGCCAGCUCCACACGGCCCUCUGCUCGCCCUGCGGCCCGUCUUCCAGUGGAAGUCCAACCCGGCCCAUGGCCCCACCAGGCUUCCCUGUGAGCUCGCGUGGAAGGUGGAUUCAGCUUCGCAUGCCUCGUCAUCAUCUCCUGCCACACCGUGCAGCCCAAAUCGUGCCACCGACUUGCUUGCUGCUGGCUUCCAGGAUGGUUCCGUGCUCGUGUGGCGGCUGCAACUAGAUCACCUCACAGCCCAUACGCCAGCACCACCAUCAGCACCAACAGCAGCACAAGCACCGCCAGGAUCCAAGGCACAGAAGCCACAACUGGCACCUGCUGCACCACCACCGCCCCUCUCACACAACCCCAUCCUGUCGUUCCGUGCGGAUUCAUCUCUCAUCCGCUCCCUCGCCUGGCUGCCUGCGCCCUUGCAACCUAGAUCCAACACGUUUUCACUCACUGCUGCUGUGAGGUUACAGAGAAGAGGGAGGAGGGACGGGCAGGAGGCAAGGAACGGUAAGCAUUGGGGUAAGGGGAAGGAGGAAAAGGAAGUGGAUGACGAGGAGGGAGAGUAUGGAGAGGAGGAAGAGGAUGCGGAAGGGGUAGUGGAAGAGGAGGAGGAGGAGUUGGGAUCCGACGAGAAGGAGGAGAAUGAUGGGGAGACGGCGGUGGAUGAAGGAGAGGAGAGCACCGUGCUGAUUGUGGGCAGCCAAUCGGGCAUCUUAAAGUUCUGGGACCUCAGGGACGUGUUUCAACCUGCAUACGAAUCACCCACCAUCUCCAGGCACGGAGUGCUGCAACUGCACUUCUGCACCCCACUACGGGCCCUGGUGAUGGCCAUGGAGGAUGGGUCGCUGCGAGAUGCGUUGCAUUCAGUGGUGCAGAUGGAUCCGUGCGAUGCGUUCAGCUAA